ACUCGCUGGUUACAGUAGGAGGAGACCUAAACUCUACACAGCUGGGACGGAGCUCGGCGCUGUCUCUGCUCUUCCAUAGCUUCCGGUGUGCAUUAGGACACAAGCAACAGAAAAAAAUGCCCAAGAAGAAAACGGGUGCCCGUAAGAAGGCGGAGAGCCGAAAAGAAAGGGAGAAACAGCAGAGAGCAUCUAGGGGGACUGUGGACCUGGCCAAACAUCCCUGUAAUUCUACAAUGGAAUGUGACAAAUGCCAAAGACGACAGAAAAACAGGGCAUUUUGCUACUUCUGCAGUUCUGUACAGAAGCUACCUAUGUGUGCUCACUGCGGUAAAACUAAAUGUAUGAUGAAAUCGUCAGACUGUGUGAUCAGGCAUCCUGGUAUAUAUAGCACUGGUAUGGCAAUGGUGGGUGCAAUUUGUGAUUUCUGCGAGGCCUGGGUGUGCCAUGGCAAAAAGUGUCUCAGCACCCAUGCGUGCAGCUGCCCACUAACGUCUGCUGAGUGCAUCGAAUGUGAACGAGCAGUCUGGGACCAUGGUGGCAGGAUAUUCAGCUGCUCGUUCUGUUACAACUUUCUCUGCGAAGACGACCAGUUUGAGCAUCAGGCUAGCUGCCAAGUCUUGGAGGCUGAAACCUUUAAGUGUGCUUCCUGUAAUCGUUUAGGACAACACUCAUGCCUCCGCUGCAAGGCGUGUUUCUGUGGUGAUCAUGCUCGGAGCAAAGUGUUCAAGACUGAGAAGGGAAAGGAGCCGCCCUGCCCUAAAUGUGGCCACGAAACUCAGCAAACAAAGAGUCUGAGCAUGUCAACACGCACAGUGAAGUUUGGCAGACAAAGUGGAGCAGAUGAAGAUGAUGAUGAUGGUGCUUCUGGCUAUGAGAACUACUGGAAGAAUCUCGCUUCUGGUGGUUCAAACCUAAACUAUGAUGAUGAUGAAGAUGAUGAAGAGGAGGAGGAUGAAGAUGAUGAGGAAUGUGAUGAGGAAGGGGAUAAGGACUCUGAAACAGAGGCUUCAGAACCAUUUAGUCAUUUGAAUUUAGGCAGGACAUAUGCCAGUGGCUAUGCCCACUAUGAAGAAUCCCAGGAGUGAACUGUAAAGUAUAUGUGGGUGAUAUAAGCAUAUUGUAUAACAUGGCAGUGAUUUGAAGCGACCAGGUCAUAAAAUAUAUAUAAAGGUUAUUUAAUGUUUUGUGGCAGUAUGGUGGUGGUAUUUUAUGCAGAGAAAAUUUUACACAAACUAAAGUGUGAGGUGCCGUAUUAGUUUCAUUUUCUGGGUUGUUUUUAAUAUUUUGCGUCCGCUUUAAAGGGGUUUUCCGAGCAUACAAUAUUGAUGACCCGUCCUUAGGAUAGGUCGUCAAUAUUUCAUUGGUGGUGGCCAUACUCCCGGCAACCCGACCAUUCAUAUGUUAGAAGAGGUUGUGGCGCCCUGGUGAGUUCUGCGGCCCAUUCCUAGGCCAUUGACCUUUAUGUUCAUCAAUCACAUGGCCUAUGUGCAGCUCUGUUCCAUUCAAGUGAAUGGGCCUGGGCUGUAGUACCAAGCACAGACGAUAUACAAUGUAUAGUGCUGUGCAUGGUAAGCUAUGAUGAGGCCGCAGUGCUCACUAGAGUGCAGCAACUUCUUCAAACAGUUGAUCGCUGGGGGUGCCUGGAGUUGGGACAACCACCUUGUCUGAUAUUGAAGACCUAUCCUGAGGAUAGAUCAUCAGUGUUAUUCUCCUGGAGAUCCUCCUUAACAUAUCAAUGGAAAAAGCUGUUGAAUUAGUACAAAGAGGCCAAAUGCUUACAUAACAGUACCAUUAAUAGGGAUCUGUAGGAAUAGUUUAAAAUGACCGCCAGCAAACUGUCCUAGAAUGCGAGAAGGACUGGUGCUUCCACUUGCAGAGCUGCCUGGGGGGUGGUGUGUGUGUGAAUGGUUGGUACCUCACUACACACUAGGCUGCUCUACAAUAGAUGGUAAGGAUGUGAUUUGGGAUGAGUGAACUUUUGUUUCUAAAGUUCGGCGUACAAGGUUCAGGUUAUCUAAGAAUUCUGUUACGGAUUCCGCUACCAGGGACCCAAAGUUAUGGUCCGUAGUAGUGGAAUACAUAACGGAAAUUCUUGGAUAACCCGAAACUUGUACGCCAAACUUGAAAACAGAAGUUCACUCAUCCCUAGAUGUGAUCCUUUCUAUGAUAUGCCAUCAUGGCUGAGCAGCCUGACAGGAUCACCACUAUGUAGUAUAUGCAAGUGCUAGAUUGUAAUGUGUGUUGAGGCCCUGCCCCCUCAUCACCUAGGCAGCUCUGCAAGUGGAGGCAAAAAGUCCUGCUCACAUUCUAGGACAAGUUAGUGGUGUCCUUUUUUAAAUAAUUCCUGGAGAUCCACUUUAACUGUAGUACUAAUCCAAUAUUGGGUAACUGUUGCUCAGCAUAAAAAUGCUAUUGAAGUGCAUUGUGUAUUGUAUGGUUAUUCCAUAUUUGUCCAUGUAUUAAAUUACAAUCAAGACCAAA